AUGACUUCCUCAAGUGAAUACGGGUCCAACUCUUGGGAGCUCCUGGUGGUAGUCGAUCAUCAGUACGAAGAGGAGCAAAAGGAAUUUAUACUACGGGUCUCAGGGGACCUUCAUAUUGGAGGAGUGAUGCUGAAAUUAGUAGAACAAAUUAAAAUAUCACAGGAUUGGUCAGAUUAUGCUCUUUGGUGGGAGCAGAAAAAAUGUUGGCUUUUGAAAACCCACUGGACACUGGAUAAAUGCGGGGUGCAGGCAGAUGCUAAGCUGCUCUUCACUACUCAGCACAAAAUGCUGCGGCUUCGCUUGCCAAACAUGAAGACUGUGAGACUGAAAGUCAGCUUCUCUUCUGUAGUGUUCAAAGCUGUCAGUGACAUCUGCAAAAUUCUCAAUAUUAGGCGGUCAGAAGAACUCUCUUUGUUGAAGCAAUCAGAAGAUGCACUCAAAAAGAAAAAGAAAAAAGACAAGAAUAGCAAAGAACCAGUUAUAGAAGAUAUUUUAAACUUGUGCAACUCUGCAGUGAUUUCUGGAUUACCAGGAAGUCCAGGUUUAUAUAGUAAAACCAUGACACCUAUUUAUGAUCCUGUCAAUGGGACACCAGCUUCUUCUACAAUUACCUGGUUCAGCGACAGUCCCUUGACUGAGCAGAACUGCAGCAUCCUCGCCUUCAGUCAUCCCAACUGUUCUCCAGAAACACUAGCAGAGAUGUACCAGCCUCGGACUUUAGCUGACAAAGCAAAACUUAAUGCAGGCUGGCUAGAUUCAUCUCGAUCGCUAAUGGAACAAGGCAUUCUAGAGGACGAUCAACUUCUUUUACGUUUUAAAUAUUACACUUUCUUUGAUCUGAAUCCAAAAUAUGAUGCAGUGCGAAUAAACCAGAUAUAUGAACAAGCCCGUUGGGCCAUCCUGUUGGAAGAAAUUGACUGCACAGAGGAAGAAAUGCUGAUCUUUGCUGCGCUACAGUACCAUGUAAGCAAAUUAUCAUUGUCAUCAGAGGCACAAGAUUUCAUCUGUGAAUCAGAAGUAGAUGAAGUAGAAGCUGCACUUUCUAAUCUGGAAGUGACACUGGAAGGUGGAAAAACAAGCAACAUUUUGGAGGACAUCACAGACAUCCCGAAACUUGCUGAUAAUCUCAGGCUAGUUAGGCCCAAGAGGCUGUCACUGAAAGCCUUCAAGCAAUAUUGGUUUGUUUUUAAAGACACUUCAGUAUCUUAUUUUAAAAACAAGGAGUCUGGGCAGGGAGAACCUAUUGAGAAACUAAACCUAAAAGGAUGUGAAGUUGUACCAGAUGUAAAUGUUGCAGGAAAGAAGUUUGGAAUCAAAUUACUAAUUCCUGUUGCUGAUGGCAUGAAUGAAGUAUAUUUAAGAUGCGAUAAUGAGAAUCAAUAUGCUCGGUGGAUGGCUGCUUGCAUCUUAGCCUCAAAAGGCAAAACAAUGGCCGAUAGCUCUUAUCAUCCUGAGGUCCACAAGAUCCUCUCAUUUUUAAAGAUGAAGAACUGGGCUGUGUCUCCUCAGGCUGCCUCCGAUUCAGAAAGCAUUGACAUGAAACCAGAAUGCUUCGUCUCACUCCGUUAUACAAAAAAAUACAAGUCCAAGCAGUUGGCUGCUCGUAUUCUGGAAGCCCACCAAAACGUAGCCCAGAUGUCCCUAGUGGAGGCCAAGCUGCGUUUUAUUCAAACAUGGCAGUCCCUCCCUGAGUUUGGCUUAUCCUACUACAUUGUAAGGUUUAAAGGAAGCAAGAAGGAUGAUCUGCUCGGCGUGUCCUAUAACAGGCUCAUAAGGAUAGAUGCAGCCACAGGAGACCCUAUCACAACAUGGAGGUUCUCCAACAUGAAGCAAUGGAAUGUGAACUGGGAAAUACGCCAGGUUGCAAUCGAGUUUGAUCAGAAUGUGUCUAUUGCUUUCACAUGCCUGAGUGCAGACUGCAAAAUCAUCCAUGAGUAUAUUGGGGGUUACAUCUUCUUGUCAACCCGCUCCAAAGACCAAAACGAAACACUGGAUGAAGAUCUGUUCCAUAAAUUAACUGGAGGUCAGGAAUGACGUGAAGCAAGCUCUCCUCCUCUCUUUCCCCCCAGCUAAAAGGACCAGAGAUUAAACAAGACUCUGACUGUUAACUGUUGGCUAAUAAAUAUACUGUAUAUUACAAUCCCGUAAUAUGACUGAACUAUUUCCAGCUUCUUUGUUAAAUAUUGAAGCCAAGGUCACUGGAUGGAGUAUGGCAACUCCAUCAUCAAAACUAGGAUGAUUAGACUUGUUUUCCUUUUGUACAACUAGAACUUUUCAAAUGAAAGGUAUGUAGCCACUGGGGAUUUCUGAGUCUAGUAUUUUUAAUUGCAACAAUCUGUUUUAGUAUCCAGAACAAGGAACUUGAGGACGUUGUAUAGCAAAUUUUAUUCUCUGUUACAGCUCUGCAAAUCACAUUGGCUAGCAUGUCUCAGGAUUAAACAGGACUAAAGCUGAAUAAAUAACAUUUUUUUAAAGCUA